UUUACAUCUUAGGCAAACGCGAAAAUAGAGUCAGUGUUUAUUACGCAAUUAUAAAUUAUUUCACGAGCAUCGUGGCUCUCCUUGUUUUAUGGAUCGCGUAAAUAGAAUCAUUUGUUCGCCGAUUUCAAUUCUCGGUCGCGAUAAUCUAUGUUAAUAUCUACUAAUAAACUUCAUUAUCUUUUCUAUUUUAAAUUUAAACUCCUCGUUAUCGGUAUUAGACUCAGUGCAUCACCGAAGUGGAAUAUUUGGCGAUGCCCACGAGCAAAAAAUGAUCCUGAUACAGGAUAUUUACAGGAUAUUUCAUCGACAUAAUUAUGGACCCACCCCCAUGGACUUGGUCGAUAACUUCGUUGCCGACUUUGCCGACGACUUCAAGUUGGCAACAUUGUCAUCCGAGUAUUUACAUUCUACGAUUGAAAUUCAAAUCGGAUGGCUGUUCGUGUAAAAACUGGGCCCAAGGGCGCGGUGAAGGGCACAGAGCACAGCAAUGACGCUUCCGGUAUCGAAUUAUCAGGAACUCCUUAUUCAAGUUCGAGAACUGACUCAUGAAACGAUCCGCUUGCAGAGACAGCUGUCCUCCGACUUGUUCGACAAUGUCGACCCUCCAGAUGUGAAUCACAAUUUUUCCCUUGGUCAGAAGAACUAUGAGAAGGGAAAACACCUGACAGAUAACGUGAUACGGCAGUGCGAGAAAAGCAAGAAAAACGAAGCGGUACAAACUCCCCUGGCUGAAUGCAAUAAUUACCGUUUUCGUCCGCGAUUGUGUCAAAACUUGGACACCAGCGAAGGCGUGCAUGCCGGAGAGCUGACCAGUCGUCUGUUGUCUUGGAGGAGUCGGAAUCAUCGUGCAAUAAUUCAGCAGGAGGACUCGGAGCCCUGCUACAAGAGAUCAGAAAGAUUGCUCUCGGAAGAGUGUCGCGUAUCCCACGAGCCAGUAGGCGUCGGCGUGGAAGGUGUCGGCUCCUGGAGGGGCCAGCGACGCCCCCACGGCAUCCAGAUACCUACGCCCCUGGCCAGCGUCGCGGCGCACGAACUGGAGUCGUCCGUGGACGGCGCAGCGUUCAACCCCGUCGUCGUUGCAUCGGCGGUGACAUCCACGAGAUGUUGUGCGCCGAGGAACGCGUUGAAAACGCCAUCGUCCUGCUCCUCAACGUCCGCCAAUGCAGCCAGCUCCAGAUCGAGGUUCUACCUAGGCUCUGCGAUCGCUGAGACCAGCAAGGAGGAUGCCAUGGAGCCGGAAGUCAAGGAGGAGGACGAGCGAAGGUCGUCCACGCCGAGCCCCGAGAUUUAUGCAAGGAGGAAUAAACGAUACAAUGAAGGUGGUAGCAGCGAGGAAGAGAAUAAGUCAGAUACAUCUUUACAGAGUCACAGAUUACCUUCCUCUUAUCGAGGGACUUGGCCCAUCAGAAGAGACAUAUGGGCCAAUCAACAAAUGGGCUUUUCCGCUCAACAAAGCACGUCAACCACUGUACAUAACGAUGUAGCCAGCGUGAUGAGUUUUUCCUCAAAUUCUGGCGCAGCGCUCAGCUGUUCCGCGGAGAUGCAAGGCGAUCGACGGCUAGGAGCCAAAGUGGAUGUGGUGUACAACCUGCUGGGAAUGCUGGGAAGCACCGAAGGCGGGGAGGACAUGAGCGCCACGUUGCUUUCGAUGAGCAAUUCGAUAGACAACUGUCUCAUAAUGAGACAAUCGGGGUGUCUGCCACUGUUGGUGCAACUGAUUCACGCCCCUGGACAGGCUCCAGAAACUAGAGAAAGAGCUUCGAGGGCUCUGCAUAACAUAGUGCAUGCCAAAAGUGACGAGAGAGCUGGACGCCGAGAAGCCAGGGUUCUACGAUUUCUGGAACAGUUGAGAGACUAUUGCCAGGCGCUGAGAUCGUCCUUGGAGACUGGACAGGUCCCCGACGACUUGGAAAGACAUCCAGGUCCCACGAUAGCCGCGCUGAUGAAGCUUUCCUUCGACGAGGCCCAUCGUCACGCUAUGUGCCAACUAGGUGGCCUCCACGCGGUGGCAGAGCUCAUCGAGAUGGAUCACAUGGCUCACGGGAGCGAAUGCGACGACCAGAACUGCAUUACUCUGCGCAGAUACGCUGGUAUGGCAUUGACGAAUCUGACGUUCGGAGAUGGCAACAACAAAGCGCUCCUUUGUUCAUUCCGCGAAUUUAUGAAGGCGUUGGUUUCGCAAUUACGAAGUCCAAGCGACGAUUUGAGACAGGUGACAGCCAGUGUCUUGAGAAAUUUGUCGUGGCGAGCCGACACCAGCAGCAAGCAGACAUUGAGGGAAGUCGGAGCCGUGACUGGGUUGAUGAAAGCAGCGAUGGAAGGUCGAAAAGAAUCGACGCUAAAGUCGAUUCUCUCAGCGCUUUGGAACCUCUCGGCGCACUGCAGCACAAAUAAAAUAGACAUCUGCGCCGUGGACGGUGCCCUCGCGUUCCUCGUAGACAUGUUGAGCUACAAAGCACCGUCCAAGACGUUGGCGAUCGUCGAGAAUGCCGGGGGUAUAUUGAGAAACGUAUCCAGCCACAUUGCCGUUAGGGAGGACUACCGAUCCAUCGUGAGAGAAAGAGGAUGUCUGCAGGUUUUGUUGCAACAAUUACGGUCACCUAGUCUGACAGUCGUCAGCAAUGCUUGUGGAGCACUCUGGAACCUUUCGGCUCGAUGUGCACAGGAUCAACAGUUGUUGUUCGAUCUGGGCGCGGUCUCCAUGUUACGCAGCCUCAUGCAUUCCAAGCACAAAAUGAUUUCGAUGGGUUCCAGCGCGGCGUUGAAGAAUCUGUUAAGCUCCAGGCCAGGUUGCAACAAUCUAGUUCACUUGGACUCGACCGCUCGCGGCCUGGGGCUUCCGACACUGCCCACCUUGGUCGCCCGCAGGCAAAGGGCGCUGGAGCAGGAGAUCGAUCAAAACUUGGCCGAGACUUGCGACAACAUCGAGCCCAGCACGUCCCCAACGAAUAAAGACGACAAGUUCCUGUUCAAGGUGGACCACAGCUUCCUGGGCAUAAACGCGCGAGCUCUGCGCACCUAUCAAUUGCACAAUCAACCUAGCACGUCCGGCGUGAAGUGUAACGGAGUCGCUAGGAGCGAGAGCAGAGACUCUAUGAGGUCUAUAACGAGCACUCACUCGGACACCAUGUUCGAGAGGGUGAAUCGUCACGUGUUGAAUGGACUGUCUCCCACCGAUUGCCAGAUCAAGCAACAAUCCUCGUCGUUGCACUCUGCUGUUGGCUUUGACACCGGGACGACCAGCGACAGCCAUACAAAGACCUCCGAGAAAAAGUACACGCUGCGAUAUAAGAACGCGAUCCCCGAUCGUUUGAAGUCGUCGGACACUUUCAACGGUCUUGCCGAUUAUAGAUGCACUAAUUCCACGAUUUCGUGGUCGUCGGCGCCAGACCAAGAAUCCGCCUGUUCGCAAAACUUGCUCCACUCUUCGGUCGAAGACAAUUUGCCUCAGAGCAUCUCGUCGAAGGCUGGCAGCCAGUCUAGCAUGUCCGAGGAAACAGAAUUGAACGUGUGCACGAAAACAGAGUACCAGUGCAUUGCCAAAUCCGGGAUCGAUACACCGUCGUCGUUGUCCUUCGUCAGCAGCGAUUCCGUCGCGAAAGAUGUCGGUUUCGGUAACAUGUACGAUAAGAACGUGCUGAAUCCACUGGACACGAUACAAAAAGCCAUCUCUCCGACUGUCAGUCACUGCACCGAAGGUAAUCUGUUCUACGCCGAGACCGAUUUGGAUCAACCAACCGACUACAGUCUACGCUAUGCCGAGCGGAGUAUGGACGACGAGGACAAACAACAUUCUCAUUACUUUGUGACCAACGAGCAGGAACUCAUUCACGAAGACACGGUGAAGACUUAUUGCACGGAGGGAACGCCGCAUGGGAUCUCUUUGAACUCCUCCAGAGCUGCAUCUGCUUCCGAUCUGCAGGAGGAUAAUCGUCAAAGGAGUUCGAUGAAGAAGGUGCAGGAACAGAGGAAAUUGCGAAAUAAGGAAGAAUUCAGUUUGGAAUGCACGACGAAGCUCUCUGAUGAGAAGAAGAGGAACCAACCGUUGCAUUACUUUGAGGGGAACAUUAAGAGUGAUGACAUUGAAGAAGUUGGACAUUCCUCCACCAAAAGUCCGACAAGUUUGAGAACGACAUUAGCACAAGUAUCUUCCAACAAUUUGCAUUACGAUGAAAGAAGCAAUAUGGCAUCCAAUUCUGCAAAAAUUAGAUCAGACGUGGAAGAAAGAUAUGACAUUCAAAAUGAAAUUUUUGGAAAAACCGAUAAAUUCAAUCAAAAUUUUUCUACAAACGGAGUUAAUUCGUACGUGAUCAGUGCACUCAAGGCUUCUAACGAUUCAGGAUGUAAGGAAUUUGAACUAAAAGGCGAUACACGUCACAUGCCUUGUACAUUAAAUAUAAACAACUCUUCCGAAUGUUUAGAUCAAGUCAGUGAUGGAGAUGAGGAUGAUGAAGAUUUGCUUACAGCUUGCAUUAAUAUUGGAAUGCAAAAUAAUAGGCACAGGCAUUCAUUUAUAGGAAAUAAUUUUGAUAAGCUUCCACGAAAUGAAAGUAAUCUAGCCAGGUAUCAAACGAGCGUUGCUCUAGAUCAAAUGGAGUGCAAUAUAUUGGUAGAAUCAACCAUGAACAGUUUAGACACAAAUCGAAUAACAUGCGAAGAAGCAAUGAGUCCUGAUGCUUGUACAAACAAAGUUGCAAACAGUUCGCCAAAUAUAAAUAUUGCGUGUGAUUAUAUCCAGAAUACAACAACGUUGAAUCAAAAGGUGGUAGAAAAUUUAGUCACAGUAGAGCAUUCGAAAAUUUUGCACAAUGAACUGGGAAAACUAAGCAGAAACGCGCAACUUAGUUCAGUAAUAGACGAUGAUAAUCUUUGCAACUUUUCAUUGCCUUCGAACUUGAGAAACAGCCCAAUAUUACACGAGACCGUAAUUUUUAACACGGAGCCCAGUCAACAGCAAUAUUUAUCAGAUACUCAAUCGAACGAAGAUAUGUCGUCCUUGAUUCACAAUGAUUUCCUCGAAGACGAAAAAAUCGCAGAAGAUAGCGAAACUGACAAAGUGUCAGAGUGUUUAAAAGAUAAAAUCACAGAGAACCCUAUGCAGCAGUCUUACACAAAAGUAACAGACUCUGAAAGCAGCGAAUUGAUUGAUUCGGUUGAGCAGUCCGAACACGCGCUCCUAGAACUGUGCAUUCAACCUAGACUAACGAAAACCAUCGAGAAUACCAAACUCAAUAAAGCUACGUGGAAGUCCAACAAAGCCCUCGAUGAAUCUGGCCCGAAUCAAAUCAACUAUUCAGGCGAGAACAAUCAAAUGUACGACACGUGCGAAGUGGGUGGAAUUUCGAGAGAUGAAACUGACGGAAAUAAAAAAUCAGUACAGAAGCAUCCCGACACGCCAAAACACGGGAAACAGGAAGAAAUGUAUCGGCGUCAGAGAGAUCCCGACGCCAUGAUCGCCUCGUUGGAUCGAUUAACUGCAGCUUUGGUGCAACAGACGGAAGCGAUACGAGAACGAGACUCCAGCGCGAUGAAACAGAGUAUAUUAAGCGACACGUGGAACGAGGAUUCCCCUAACGAAGUCUCUUUUCCGAGUAUCAGCAUAAGUGCUCCGAUCAUCGCCUCGUUCAAGAGCGACGUGCCGGAAGAACAAGCUACGAUCACGUCUGAAACAACGAACAGCGACAAUGGACACAUGACGAACUCUAAAAUCAUCCAACGAGAAGCUAUCAAGCUGGCCGAAGCUGUCGACGCGGAGAUGAACAAGAACGAAUUAGAAAUGACGAGCAUGACGUCCAUGGAUUUGGAAGCGAUCAAGCCUCCAUCCACGAUGGGAAGUUUGUUGUCUCUGACGGCCAGUUACGCGGGUUCUGGCGAUUACAACGAGACGUUUGUUAAUCGAGACAGAUGCAAUUCCACGUCUCUUCCCCCGAUGCAGCUAAAGACCAUGUCCCUCACGGAUUCCAGAAGCUGUCGCAAAAAGUCCCUGCCCCUCGGUGUGGUGGCUAAACGAGCUCUCAAUCAGCCUCAGACUCACACUGGGAGUCUAGAAAAUUUAUUGAACGAGUGCAGCGGGUCGCACUUGGACAGCGUGAAGCCACCGUCGAUGAUGGACGAGCUACCGGACGUUGGUGAUAUGGAGAACAGCAUGGUGAGCGUCGCUAGUAUCACAUCAGAGAUAGCUGAUCCCAAAGACCAGGAUCAGAGUUUAACUAGCAGCGACGCAGUUUUCGAUCUACUGAAGCCUGUCGCGAACGUCCUCUCCAUAACUUGCAUGCGUUAUGCCGAGGCCAUGCAGACCAGCGCGAACAACAGCUUAAACGAGUGUUUGGAAAAUAUUAAUCCCCCGUCGUUGUUCAACGAAGUCUGCGAAAUGGAUGAGUCGACGAUGGAGCAGGCCACGGAGACCGCCUGCAGCGACACGUUGUGUUGCAUCGACGUUGAACUACGCACCGAGGAAGCUCCACAGCCUAACGUCGUGGAGAAGAUCGACGAAGGUGCCAACGACACCGACGAGGCGAUCACUCCAAUCUCUUCGGAGUACUGCUUUACCAGUUCGGCAGAAUCCACGCCCAAAAAACGACUGCACAGGAACCUAACGCCUAAACAGAAACGAACUCUGGCCAAGGAGAGGUACAAAACGUACACCAUAGCCGCGGAAAUGAGCAGAAAGGAAGAAGAAAGGGAUAAACAAGCAAAUGGUAGCGCAAGGGAAGGUAAAAUUCCACGUGGGAAGUGUUCGCCUUUUUCUAAAUUGACUCCCAAGCAACGAAGACAAGAGGACAGAGCCAGAUUUCAGACGCAGGUGUUGGAGAAUCCUUUUCCCGAACUGUGCCAAGAUCAGCAAGAGAUCGAUGUUUGCGAGCAAGAAGGUCCCGAAACGGAAGCAACGUCGCCAGUUAAGUCUGCCAUUCCCACGCUCACGAAGUUGCCCGCCUGCAAAAUGUUGAUAAAGAAACGCAUGGAGCAAAAGAAAAAUCGUGAAAGGUAUCGUACGAGGACGUUGGACGACUCUGAAUCCAUAUUCAGAGAGGCAGAGAACAACGCCGCUGAGAAUGCAACGGAAGAGGGUCAGUCUAGUGUGACGCACACUGUCCAGUCUGAGGAAAUUCAGAUUAUGUUGGAGCAGAACGCUACUAUCGUGCUGAACACCUUGAACGAGUCGAGCAAAGUUAACGAGAAUGGGGAAGAACCGUUGUUAGACUGCGAGACGAUAAGUCUGGUGUCGAAUGAGUCAGAGUCUGAACGGACUCUGCGGAUGCGAUUCCUGAACGGUGUUUCGAAGAAACUGAUAGGCGCGUGCAGUCAGCAGAUGGACGAAGCGCUAGAACUUGAACAGAAUCACAAGGAGACGAUCGGAGUUGAAACCAAUAGGUCACAGGAGGACCUUAGGUUCGUAGAUACUAUAGAGAGUGAAAGUGAAAAUGAGUCCAAUAACGCUGAGGAACAACCUAGGGAAACUAAGCGACCAAGGAUAAUUAAACCAGGAAUGACGAGGGAUCAUAGCAACGAUUCAAACGCGACGGACAGAUCUGAACCGGAGAGUCCUAAAGCCAUUCGUGGCAGAAGGAAAGCUCUUUACUCGAAUCCCAUAACGCGAAAGCCGACUCCACAGUCGUCCCCGUUGAAACAACCGAAUCCUGUCAGUGGAAUUCCCAUAGGUCGCAGCAACACCUCGCCCAUUGUGAGGGCUACACGAGCUACCACGCUCAGGCAGAACAACAACAGUCCAAGUAACGCAACGAAAGAGUCCCCAAAGACUAGCUCGAAUCCUAAAAUUCCUUCUUUGAUAGACGGAGAGAAACGAACGAAGAAAUUAUCAGCUGCUGCGAAAAGAGCAUCCGUUCCUCAGAAAGGGUCGUCGUUGACCUUUACCAAAUCCGUGAAGAGACACAGCACGCCCCCAACAUGUUCCUCAAACUUCCAAAACGACAGCAAGUCGGAUGUCAAGCCUUUGGAACGACAAGGUACGUUCACUAAAGACGAGCCGGAAGUAGAAAACGCGCCCAUGGUGGUCUCUUCGUCCUCCUCCCCGAUAAAGACAAAAAUCGCGAAACCUAUCAAAGGUGCCACUUCCAAGGUGUACCCUACGAUGGUGAAACCUAAAAUUGCACCGAAGUCCCAUCAGGUGCACCAAUCGAAAAUCGCGAAAGUCGCUUCGGAGAAACCACCUAAGGCAUUGCCGUUGCUGGUGGCACCAAAACGAUUGCCUACCGGAAAAGUAGCCGCAACAUCGAAAAUUCCAGCUGGCAAUCAAUCUGUACAAACCGAAAACGGUAAGAUUUUUCGCAAAGUAGGUCCCCUCGGGCAAAGGUCCAAUAGUAAUUCCAGCAUCGUGUCCAACUCGUCGACAGGAAUGCAGACCAGAAGGUUAGCGAAGGAGGCGACUAGCAAAAUCGCGAGUCUUUGGAAAAAGGUGGAGGAAAGCAAAAACAAGCAACGAUUCGAGAAACCGGACACCAGACAGUGGGUGCAACCAGGCAGUUGUGCCAAUGUCGUGGAUGCACCUUCUCCAGUGAGUAAUCCGCCAGCUUUCAGACUGUUCCGUAGCUCGACGUUCGAAGGAGUACCGCAGGAAAACGAUCAUCCCGAAUCGGCCUUGUACAAGUCGAAAUCGAAGAGACCGUUGGUAAUGGGUGUACCGCCCAGCAAGGCAAAGUACAGGAACUCUUGCGAUCUGAGCGGAAUGAACGCGAACGACGCACCUUGCAAAAUACCCGUAAAGUCCGGCGAUACUUCAGCGUACAGGAAAGACUCUGUACAGGUAGGAGACGCGUCAGUGAUUCUACGGAAACCACAAAACAUCGAGUCUUCCGCAAUAGAGGUGGACCCCACGAAACGAAUAUCACGUCUUGGUUCCUUCAUAAGAGUAGACUCUGCGAACGCAGAAAGCUCUGCACAAACGUAUGUGAAUGGUAACGUGCGCACACCCGCCUCCGCCAUUGUACCGCCUUUCAAUUACAACCCGAAGCAAGACAUUCCCUCGCAAACAACCAAAGUUACACCGAACGAGAGCGAAAACAAGUUUGGGGCGACGGAUUGUCACAGCGACAUAGUCACAGCUUCUACGAGAGUAACGACAGUAUAGGAGAGCCCGUUAUAUUUAUAAAAUAACAACUUUCUUUUUGUUGAAAAUUGAUUCUUGCUUGUG